GACCAAACCCCAGUGCACUGAGCUCCUCUUGCAUGGAAACCCUUCUUCCCUGGCAGCCUUCUCCUCUCCCUAGAGCUAGUGGCCAGCAUGGCAGGAUGAGCCUCUGCCAGCGAUGAUGAUGGCCAAAAAGCAAGAUGUCCGGGCACCCACCUACAACCUGGUCGUGGUUGGGCUGUCCGGCACGGAGAAGGAGAAAGGCCAGUGCGGUGUGGGCAAGUCUUGCCUGUGUAACCGUUUUGUCCGGCCAAGUGCAGAUGACUUCCACCUAGACCACACCUCUGUUCUCAGCACCAGUGACUUUGGAGGCCGUGUGGUGAACAAUGACCACUUCCUGUUCUGGGGAGAAGCAGGGCGAACGUUGGAGGAGGGGCCCGAAUGCCGUAUGAAUGUGGUGGAGCAGACAGAGUUCAUUGAUGAUCAGACAUUCCAACCGCACAGAAGCACGGCGCUCCAGCCUUACAUCAAGAGGGCAGCGUCCACUAAGCUGGCUUCGGCUGAGAAGCUGAUGUACUUUUGCACAGAUCAGCUGGGACUGGAGCAGGACUUUGAGCAGAAACAGAUGCCUGAAGGCAAGCUAAUGGUAGAUGGCUUCUUACUCUGUGUGGAUGUUAGCAGGGGAAUGAACCGUAGUUUUGAGGACCAGAUGAAGUUUGUUACCAACCUGUACAACCAGCUAGCCAAAACAAAGAAACCUGUGGUACUGGUUCUCACCAAAUGUGAUGAAGGAGUUGAGCGCUAUAUUAAAGACUCGCAUACCUUUGCCCUAGCCAAGAAGAACUUGCAGGUGGUAGAAACGUCAGCACGCUCUAAUGUCAACGUUGACCUAGCCUUUCUUACACUGGUUCAGCUAAUAGACAAGAGUAGGGGAAAACCCAAAAUCAUCCCUUACUUUGAGGCACUGAAACAGCAGAGUCAACAGAUUGCCUCAGCCAAAGACCGCUAUGAGUGGCUGGUCAACCGAAUUGUGAAGAACCACAAUGAGACGUGGCCUGCAGUCAAUCGCCGCAUGCAGUCUGCCCCUGAGUACAAGGACUAUGUUUUCCUUGAGGGGACAGCUAAAGCCAAGAAGCUCUUCCAGCAGCAUGUGCAUAGACUUAAACAAGAGCAUAUAGAGAAACGUAGGAAGGCCUAUCUAAGUACUCUACCACAGGCCUUGUCUGCACUGUUGCCAGAGUUAGAUGAGAUAGACCACCUGAGCUGGUCAGGAGUUCAGAAAGUCCUGGAGACAAAACGAGAUUUCUCCCAGUGGUUCGUAGUGCUAGAUGACACCCCUUGGGAGACCACACCACACAUUGACAACAUGGAGGAUGAUCGAAUCCCCCAGGACCUCCUGGAGACACCUGCAGCUGAAACUAUCUAUGAGACCCACCUGGAGCAGCUAAGGAAUGAGCGUAAACGGGCUGAGAUGAGAUGGGAGUUCAAGGAAAAGCUAAGUAUGUCUCCUUUCAUCACACCAGGCAAACCCUGGGAGGAGGCCCGUAGCUUCAUUAUGAAUGAAGACUUCUAUCAGUGGCUGGAUGAGGCUGAAUAUCUGGAUAUCUACAACAAACACCAGAAGGAGAUCAUUGACCGAGCCAAAGAGGACUUUCAGGAGCUGCUUCUUGAAUACUCUGAGCUCUUUUAUGAGUUGGAAGUGGAUGCAAAGCCAAGUAAAGAGAAAAUGGGAGCCAUUCAGGAGGUGUUGGGUGAGGAGCAAAGGUUUAAAGCCCUGCAGAAGCUGCAGGCAGAAAGGGAUGCUCUGGUAUUGAAACAUAUCCACUUUGUCUACCAUCCCACAAAGGACACCUGUCCCAACAGCCCGCACUGUGUGGACAGUAAGAUAGAGCAGAUACUGGCCUCUACAUUUCCUACCCGCUACCCAUCAUCAGAUAGUUCGAGGCUGGAUUUGGGGAGGGCUGAACGGAUAAAUCUUGUCAUCCUAGGGAAAGAUGGUCUUGCCAGAGAGAUGGCAAAUGAGAUAAGGGCCUUGUGCACCAGUGAUGACCGGUACGUGUUAGAUGGUAAAAUGUACGAGUUAGCCCUCCGUCCCAUAGAGGGCAAUGUACGUCUGCCAGUCAAUUCAUUCCACACACCAACCUUUACACCCCAUGGUUGCUUGUGUUUGUACAACUCGAAAGAAUCCCUCUCCUAUGUUGUUGAGAGUCUAGAGAAACUUAGGGAAUCAACUAUAAGCAGAAGGGAAAGGGAAAACAGCUUAGCCCAACUCCCGCUGUCCCUCCUUCUGGUCACCAAGCGGGGGGUGGGGUCCAUUGGAGACAUUGGAGGGGAGACAGCUCAGACUCUUAUCCAACAAGGGCAGCAGGUGGCCGGAAAGCUCCAGUGUUCCUACCUAGACCCUGCCUCUCCAGGCAUGGGUUACGGUCGCAGUGUCAGUGAGAGGCAGAUCAACCAGAUGCUGAAGGGCCUCUUAGAAUCACGUAGAAGCAUAGGGAGCAGCUCCCCUCCCUUACCUCCUCCAUCCUCUGCCUUCAGAGACUCUCAGUCCCAGCCAAUGCUAGAGGCAGACCUGAGGAUAGUAAUGUGCCUGAUGUGCGGAGACACGUAUGACAUAGACCAGCUCCUCGCUCCCUUCCUGUUGCCCCAGCAUUGUCGUCCUGCCGCCAGCCUCAGCAGUGGCACCUCCGUUUUGCUGGAUCUCAGUGUAGGAGGUCAGAGGCAGAAUAUUGAGCUGUCACUGCUCUCCUUCCAUUCCUCAUUCUCGCUCCGCAAGACCAAACUGGUCCAUGGCUACAUUGCAGUUUACUCUGCUCGCCGCAAGGCCUCUAUGGAGACACUAUGUGCUUUCCUGUGUGAGGUCCAAGACAUCAUCCCAGUCCAGUUGCUAGCAGUAGGGGAGAGCCAGAUGGAGCUGUCAGACUCAGAGUCAGCUAAGGAGCAGGUCAGUCAGGGAGAGGAACUGGCCCAUGAAAUAGAGGCCAGGUUCAACACAGUAAUAUGUGGACAUGGUGGGGUAGUAGGGGGGCUUCAUAAGAUCGACCUUUUUCAAUCCUUCCUCAAAGAGGUGGUAGAGAAGCACACAAUUGUCGAGGCCACACAUAUGUAUGAUAAUGUGGCUGAGGCAUGUACCAAUGAGAGCAUCAGCCCUCGCUGUGGCUCUCCAAGUCCAGUAAACAUUCUUAUGGACUCAGAGGAUGAUAUCGAACCAUCGCCACCUUACCCGACCCUGAGGGAGGAUGGCAGUCUCAGCUCUCACUUGGGAAGCUUCAAGCUGCCAGAUCUGGAUUCAAGUGAUACAUUCUCUGUCAUUUCUGAGCUUAGCACCUUUGAGAGCAAGCUGAACAACAAGGUUCCGCCACAAGUGAAGCCCAAGCCGGUCCGUAAGGUCAACCUCGGCCCCUACAUGGACCAGCAGGGUGGCACCAACCGCCGCUCCUUGCCCCAAGCUGUCACCUGGGCUCCAGGUAGCGAUGGUGGCUAUGAUCCCUCAGACUAUGCAGAGCCCAUGGAUGCUGUGAGCAAACCUCGACCCACGGAAGAGGAGAAUAUUUACUCUGUACCUCACGACAGCACACAGGGCAAGAUUAUCACUAUCCGCAAUGCCAACAAGGGUCACUCCAAUGGGAGUGCUGGGGGAAAUGGCUCAGACAGUGAGGCCGACAGCAGCUCACUGGAGCGCAGGAGAAAGUUGUCCGCCAUUGGGGUGAAGCCUAAGCUUUACAGAGAUCGAUCCAAACGGCUGGGCAAGUUCAGCAGUUUCAGGACAAGCUUCUCUAUAGGCAGUGAUGAUGAGAUGGGGGGUCCACCCAAGGCUAGCCAGGAUGACAUCGGAGCCCAAAAGGACAACUCCAUCGAGGAGAGUGAGGACCCCAAAAGGCGAAAUAUUCUUAAGAGCCUGCGCAGAAAUGCAAAGAAACCACGACCCAAACCCAGGCAUUCUAUCUCAAAACCCAUCGAGAGCAACUACUUUGGUAUGCCACUGUCCACCGUCGUCACUCCUGAGAGGCCGAUCCCCAUCUUCAUUGAGAAGUGCAUCCGUUUCAUUGAAACAACAGGGUUAAGCACAGAGGGAAUCUACAGGGUCAGCGGGAACAAGGCUGAAAUGGAGAGCAUGCAGCGGCAAUUUGACCAAGACCAUAACCUGGACCUGGUGGAGAAAGACUUCACCAUGAACACAGUAGCCGGAGCCAUGAAGGCCUUCUUCUCUGAGCUACCUGAUCCUCUGGUGCCCUACAGCAUGCAGGGAGAGCUGGUGGAGGCCUUCAAGAUCAACGAUAGGGAGCAGCGCUUCCAGACGAUGAAGGACAUACUGCGCCGCUUCCCCAAGGAGAAUUACGAGGUCUUCAAAUAUGUCAUCAGCCACUUGAACAAGGUAAGCCAGCACAACAAGCUGAACCUCAUGACCAGUGAGAACCUGUCCAUCUGUUUCUGGCCCACACUGAUGCGACCAGAUUUCACCACCAUGGAUGCUCUGACCGCCACCCGCACCUACCAGACAAUCAUCGAGAGCUUCAUUCACCAGUGCGCGUACUUCUUCUACAAUCAGCUGCUGGUCGACGGCCUCCCAGGCUCCCCCACCUCGACACUCUCCUCUGGGGGAGGAACCUCGGCCUACUCCUGCAUGGCCGGGGGUUACUCAUCCUCGCCGACUCCGUCCCCGACUCCCUACGUCCUCCCAGCCACCCCUCCUGUCAUUCCACACUACGGCCCUCCCAUCCACCACCACCAACACCACCACCACCACCACCACCACCAUCAACAUCAGUCCCCACCCCACUCCCCGCCUCCUACUCCCCAGUCCCCGCUCCCGGCCCUGCUGCCGCCCUCGCUGCACCCCCUUCACCCCCCUACGGAACAACACACGCUGUGAACCAGGGAUCAAGGAAAAGAGGGGAAAAAAAAGACUGAUAACGAGAUUCAGAGAGAUUUAAGGGGUUUAGAAUAAGAGAUUUUGAAGUUUGGAAAGGAAUUGAAGAAAUUGAGAACAGGAUGUAGGAAGAGAAGUCGGGAGAUUGAGUGAGAUGCAGUAUGUACAGGGAGAAACCUACAUGUUUGGGAGAAGAAGGGGGUGUUUGAGCCUCCGUUGCUUUUAGAAAAACGGACACACACACAAGGCAGAAAAGGGGAAGAGCCUCUGAACUGGCAGUAUGAUCCUUCUCUCUCCUCGCCACUUUAUCCCUUUGUCUCUCACGUCAUCUAGACCUGCCCUCCUUGCCUUAUAGAGAACCUACACACAAACACACUAAUGAGUGAGAUGUUGCCAGUAAUUGUUAAAGGGACUCAGGGAGGGACGGAAAGCAGAAAGGGGAAUGUGAACUCUUGUUGGGAUUGCUUCACCACACACAAAAACAGACACAAACACCCAGUGGCCAGUGUGCCUCCGACAACCAUUCUCCUCAAUCACUUAGCCUCUAACUGUGCUGGGAAAUUUGGUGGACGGCACAUGUUUUUUUGUUGUUCUUUUUUUUUUUUGCAAUCUGACCCACCUACUGUACCGACCCUGGGAGGCUGUGGCUGGGACAAAGUGGAGCAGAGAGCAAGUCCUGCACACGUUUGUUUAUUUCGCCACUGUACAGCAAGAAACACGUGUUACCACUCAUCCGACAGGAUGUUCUGUCCUCGGCGACACACACAUUCCUAUCUAUCAACCCCUCACACAGCCACAGACAAAUUCAGUUUCAGCUGAGGCAGUAUGCCAAGCACAGAAAAAAAAAUCUAAACCGACUGGAUCCUCUAGGCAGCAAAUUGGAGCAAAGGAUUAUGGGAACACGCUUUGCAUUCUGGGAAGGCUCCUCCCAGUCUCCUCUUUGCUCUCUCUCUUGGUUUGAACUUCAACCUCAUGCCCUGUCUUUGUAAACACAUGAAUUGGUCUAAAAAAUUCUAAUCUUGGGAAACACAGAGGCUUAUCGCUCAGUGAGUGGCCUUGUGUGUAAGUGUCUGUGCAACUGUCUUAUCUGUCUGUGUGCGCACAUAUCCAUGCCUUUUUGUUUUACCUGAAUUUCCCCGAAUUAGGCAGAUAGUGGGAAUAUUUCAAGUGUUGGACCUUCGCCUGUCAUGUCGCUUUUUUCACGCUGUGGCGGUUUUACGAGCGAGUUGGGCGCUGCAGUCAUCCACAGUGAGGACCUUGUUCAAAAAGCACUUUUCUGAGCACUUUGAAGGCACAUUUUAAAUUGGAGCUGCCAUGACAUGACAGCCACUAUUCACUUUAUGUCAGUCCACCCUCCUCUCUCUCUCUCUCUCUCUCUCUCUCUGGGAGCACACCACUGACAUCUAGAGGAAGAAAUGGGUAUCGCAGCCAUAACCUCACUUCCACUGCUGCAUGGGCGUAGCACCAUUCUCCUACUGUGGUUUUUGUAGUGUUAGAUUCUCUUAUAGGUACAAUUGUUAUCAUUUUUCAUCACUGUGUAUCAGAUAACAUUAACUCAUUAGCUCAUGCAGUGUAGGAAUGUAAAAAUAAAAAACAGCAGUUUAAAUCUGGUACAAAUUAAUUGAGAUUAUAUAGAUUCUCUGUAGCCACAUGUGGUUUUAUUGCAGUUGAUUAGACGUGCAGUGAUUAAAAUUGCCUCUCUGUCUUUUGUUGUUAGUUUCCACUUCACCAAAGCACUCAGCCCUUUGUAAAGCAGUGCAUGUCACUUCCCAGAUGCCAUAUUUGAGUGGAAGGAAAUGAAGAUUGAGAAGAGAUUGAGGCACAAUGUAGCAUUACGGGCCAGAGAGUAAGAGCUGGAAGCGAGGCUCACGCUUUGACAGGCAGGAGGGGAGGCUUUUUAUUGUUGGAAAUAAUUGGUCACCACAGCUCCACGCCUCAGCAUGCUGUCCUCUUAGGACUCAGCGUUAUGCUUUUGGAAAGGAGACUCAAACCUGCUCUCUGUGGACUCGAAAUACAGUUUACAAGAGUAUAACCACUACAGCAGACUCCCCCCGCUGUCACUGUUAUGCCACCACAUCCCCGAGUCAUUCCUAGUCCAAGAGAGACAGUUGGGUCUGGGAGAGACAGCAGACAGAACAGACAGUCCAUUCAUCCGUCUGCAUGACUGGAACGGAGCAUCACAGAAUUCCUCAGCCCAGCCUGCUGUUACCGUAGAAACCAGCGAGAUGGGGCUUGAGGAGAAUUGCUGAGCCCUGAUCGAAGCAGCUUUUGAAGUGUGUGUGUGUGUGUGUGUGUGUGUGUGUGCGCGCGCGC